AUGAGGAAGGAACGAAGCAUGGAAGAGAAUACGAUUGCAAAUAAACCGAAAGAAGACAUUGUCCAUGAAGAACGUCUACGCCGAGGUAGGAGAAGAACUUCAAGACUCCCAAAUCGUGUUCGACAUACGUAUACCUCGGACGUUCCGAUAUUUGUACCCGUCAGUGAAGCUAAGGACCAACUGAUGGACCAAGAUCUCCGUGCCUAUCUGUUCGACUCAACAGUUCUUCGAGCGCUCUAUUACGCAGCAGAGAUGUUGGGAGACACCACUGCCACGUCUAGGAUACUACUCACUACCCGCAGAAACCCUUGA